CUUCAUCUUCUUUACAUUUUUCACUCUUCAAAACGAGCACACUUUAAAGUAUGACCCAAUCAAAAUCACUCGCAAGACUAGCGAAUAUAUCACAGCAUUUGCAACCAGAUGAAGCCUUGGAUAAAUCUGAAUGGAAAGAUGUUUUGCAGGAAGUACAAAAACGAAAACUCCUUAAUCGUGUUGCGGAUCCAAAUGACCGAGGAUAUAUCCGUCAAAAGACAUCAAGCAAACUGUGGGUCCGUGAGCGUAUCGAAAAGUGCGUAGAUGAAGGCAGCUUUCGCGAAAUUGGGAGUAUUGCCGGGAGAACCCAGUACAAUAAUGAUGGUUCCAUGGAAGACUAUGUUCCCGCAAAUUUUGUGGCCGGAAAAGCAACCAUAAGCAAAAGGGAUGUUAUUUUGGCUGCUGAUGAUUUUUCAAUCCGCGGCGGUCAUGCAGAUGGCGCGGUGUGGGGCAAAUCUUUAUAUGCUGAACAAUUAGCUCGUAAACUUCGGAUUCCAAUUGUUCGUUUGAUCGAUGGAAGUAGUGGGGGCGGUUCAGUGACGCUGAUGCUGGAUAAAGGUGCUACAUACCUGCCACCAUUAAUUGGUAUGCAAGACAUGAUUGGUAGCUUGUCUGAAAUUCCCGUCGUCUCGGCAAGUCUUGGCCCAGCUGUUGGUCUGGGAGCAGCUCGGGCAACAUUAACACAUUUCAGUGUUAUACCGGAAGACAUCGGAUCCUUGUUUGCAGCUGGGCCGCCCAUUGUAGCGAACGCGACGUUUGAAAAUGUUUCCAAACAGGAAUUGGGAGGGCCUUUGGUUCAUACCGCCAACGGCACUAUCGAUAACCUUGCGAAAAAUGAACAAGAUUGUUUCCAUCAGAUAAAACAAUUCUUGUCUUAUUUGCCUACCAACGUUUUUCAGCUACCGCCGGUGGACCCCACAGAUGAUCCAAGUACACGCCGUGAUGACAGGUUGUUGGAUAUCAUUCCAAAAAGGCGCCAGAGGCCGUACCAAGUGAGGGACGUCCUUUGCACCGUGGUAGACAAAGGAUCCUGGUUUGAGAUCGGCAAUCGCUGGGGUGACGGAGCCGUUUGCGCUCUAGCACGGAUGCAAGGAUAUCCCAUCGGCAUCAUUUCCUUUGACUGUACAAAGACUGGCAGUGUUCUCACAGCAGCCAGUUGCCAGAAAUUCAGGCGCCAUAUCGAUCUUUGCAAUACCUUUGGAUUGCCUAUCGUCAACUUUGCUGAUUAUGCUGGAUUCGCUGUCGGCACAAAAGCGGAAAAAGAAGCGACUAUUCGUUAUGGAUCGACCCUGACAGCUGCUCUUUAUCAAUCAGAUGUUCCUUAUUUUAGCGUUAUCCUACGCAAGGUGUUUGGUGUUGCUGGUGGCGCAUUCGUGGAUAAUCGUAGCCCUAAUAUGCGCGUGGCGUGGCCUAGCGGAGAUUGGGGCAGUUUGCCUUUGGAAGGAGGGAUCUAUGCUGCUUAUCGUCGCGAGUUAGAUGCAGCCGGUGACAAGCGCAAUGAAUUAUAUGAGCAGAUAAUGGCAAAGUUUGAAGCUGUGCGUUCGCCCAUACGAACAGCGGAACUUUUCGAUAUACCCGAGAUCAUUGAUCCCCGUGACACACGUGCUAUGUUGUGUGAAUGGGUGGUAAUGAUGUAUAACCAUGUAUUGCCAGAACGCCUGGCCAAAGUCAAAGCACACGGACCAAGAAUGUUCUAUCGUCCGUAAACAAGUUGUAUGAAUUGAGUUGUCAUCAUCGAACUGCAACAUAAAUA